AUGUCAACCAAGCAAUCUGCUGAAGCCGCCGAUGGAGCCUCGAAUGGCGACUAUCAGUCAUUAUGGGCAAACAAAUAUCGUGGUGCAACGGUAGAGGACCUCGAUCCACCGCCCGCUCUUUCUGUCCGACCUACAACCUCAAUCUCUUACGCACUCAUGUCCGGUCUCGAACGCGAUUACACACACUUGACCGUGACGGCUGAGUCAAACCGCGCGUUGCUAGGAUACCUGAGCAUCCCGCGCCUUCAACAGCUGCUCAAGGAGGGCAAAGUGAAGGAUACGGAUCCUGUUUCGGAGGCCAUGCAGAAGUUCAGGAGGCGAGGAACGCGCUAUAAAGUGAUUUCGCUGGAAACCUCGCUCGAAGAACUUGAAGAGUUCUUCAAUGGAGGCGUAGAUGGGAUCGGGAAGCAGGAUUUCGCGGUGGUCACAGACGGAAGUCGAAAGUUCGUGCUUGGGGUGGCUACAAGGGAAGAUCUAGAGGGGUUCUUCAAGAGGAGGGCGUGA